AUGCACGAGGAACCUAAACACACUGAAAUUAUUCGACAGAAAACAGGACCUACAGUAAGUUCUCCUACCGAAAACAUCGUGGAAGUUGGCGGCAGUGCAUCUAGAGAUCAUGUUGCAACAGCCAGUAAUAACAAGGAAAAAAUGAUAGCAAAUUCAGCAGCUGGUGCUGAGGCUCCCGAAACGAGAGCUGCCGAAGAACCACCCACGUCGCAACCUACAGUGCUACCGGUGACCUAUGCCGCUGCUCUGACUUCUCCUACCACUUUGCAACGUCGCCCGGUCACCACAAACGACGCCACCAACGAGCCCGACCAGACACCGACGGAGAGCGCCUCGGACGACCCGCCGCCUCGGCCGGCCUUUGACGCCUCUCCGAAGAUGCCGACGCAACCAGACGCUGACCCUGAUCUCGGAAACACGAUGGAGAUCGACUCGCUCAUCGUUCCUACAGCGGCCUUUCUGCCAGAACGACGCGACUCCCUUCCGUCGUCGGACACGGAGGGUCGCACAAGGAAACAACGUUCCCCGAAACGUCGGAAGCGAAGACGUCGCACCGUUUCCGGCCAAGAGGAGACGUUACAAGUCGAGGAGGACGUACCCGUCGACCAGCACGAGGCCUCAGAACCCGCUACUGCUGACGAAGACGUAAUGAGCGCGGAGACAUCUAUCGGUGUGCCUGCGCCCAGUGCUGACGCUGAACUAAAUCAUGAACGUCUCACAGGCGACACUACACCACGCACAAUUACGACAUCUUCUGCAGACAAAAUGGACGAUACACCAGUUUCCGCUUCCACGGCGUGGCACGAGGAGGAGGUCACGGAGCAGGAGCCGUUACGGGACCCUGCGCCGUCACGGCCGCUCCACUAA